UCUAUGUAAAUCAUAUUCCUAUACUCCUCAACAAACCCUUUUCUUUUCCUUCCCUGUACUUUUCGAUCACGAAACUUAUCAUCGUUUAUCAUGAAUCUAACAAGCAAGUUGUUCUUCUUCUUCUUCUUCUCUCUAAUAACUUUCCUCUCGAUCUACACAAACAAAGAAGUGUCUGAGUUUUUAGUAUCUCUUCGACCGUCAAUAAGCGAGCAUCAGGCCAGUGCAACGCCUGAUUCCAAUGAAUACGUAUGGAAGGUUGAAAACUUUUCUAGGUUGAGUAAUGAAACAUAUCACUCUGAAGAUUUCUCCGCACAUGGUGUUAACUGUCUUCAAGGUGUUUGGAUAUACACCCGAAAGGAAUGAUUGGAACUUGGCAUACGUUUGAUGGCCCUCAAUUGAUGAAGGGAACUCGCUUAGCGGUAUUCCUUACCUCUCGGGACACCAGAGCGUGGUACACUCGGUUCAGUCUUGCCAUAAUCAAUCAAAAAAAUAUGGCACAGACACGAAAAAUUGAUGGAGAAUGUGAAUUCCGCUGGGAAAAUGAUGCAAUGGGUUUUUAUGAAGCAAUGCCUCUAAAAGAACUAGUCGAUCCCAGAGUAGCAUAUGUCAUUGAUGACACUCUUUACAUUAAAGUAGAGGUCCUUUCUGCUUUGAAGAUAAUAAAGUCUAGUCCGGCACUCACUACAGAGAACGAUCUGCUUCCUCCAGCAAAAACAGAAACACAGUCUGAUGAUUCUAAGCUGAAGUUAAGUAUGAACCCCAAUGAAGAUCAAAGUGCAAAAGGAGAAGAUGAUGCUAACCAAGGAAUAUUUCGAUUCUUCCAGUUUCUAGGUGGUUCUCAAAUGCGCAAAGAGGACGUGUCUGAGGAACAAUCGAGUCAUACUACAGACAACGAUUUGCUUCCUCUAGCAAAAACAGAAACACAGUCUGAUGAUUCUAAGCUGCCGUUAAAUAUGGACCCCCAUGAAGAUCAAAGUACAAAAGGAGAAGACGAUGCUAACCAAGGAAUAUUCCAAUUCUUCCAGUUUCUAGGUGGUUCUCAAAUACGUAAAGAGGAACAAUCGAGUCAUACUACAGAGAACGAUUUGCUUCCUCCAGCAAAAACAGAAACACUGUCUGAUGAUUCUAAGCUGACGUUAAAUAUGGACCCCCAUGAAGAUCAAAGUACAAAAGGAGAAGACGAUGCUAACCAAGGAAUAUUUCGAUUCUUCCAGUUUCUAGGUGGUUUUCAAAUGCGCAAAGAGUCCGUGUCUGAAGAACAAUCGAGUCAUACUGCUGACGCUAUUAAAAGCUUGGCUGCUUGAGUCACAGCACGUAGUUUGCUGUUCUCUUUUUGGUGGUUAGUUUUUGUUGCUCUAAAUGGUAAUAACUCUAACAGCUAAUAGUAACCUAGUAGCUUAGGUAGCGUAAACUCAAUUAGUAAGGCUGUAUUGUGCUUAAAAUCGUACAUAAUUUUGCGCAAACUCAAUUAGUAAUGUAAAGCCAUCUCAUAAUCCUACCUAA